AUGCAUUCUUAUGAUGAUGCUCUCUGCAAUAGCUACAUUCUUCAAAGUAUAAUUGGAAUUUUGGGGAAUGGUUUACUCUUUUACCUUUAUGGCUUUAAUUUAAUUACUAAUCAAAAGACAAGACCCAUUGACUUGAUUUUCAUUAAUUUGGCCUUUUCCAACAUUUUGUUGAUUUUCUUCAGGGGAAUGCCAUUUACAAUCCAGGUUUGUAUCCAGAAAGUUUUCCUAGAUGACAUUGAUUGUAAAAUCAUAGCGUAUCUGCAAAGAGUUCUCCGGAGUCUUUCCCUUUGUACUAGCUGCCUCAUGAGUUUCUUGCAAGCCAUUAUCCUCACUUCCUGUAGUUCCAAAUGGGCAGAACUCAAAACAAAGCCACAAUGUAUUGUUCCAUCCUGUGUUUUCAUAUGGGUACUCAAUCUAUCAAUAGAUGUGAUUGUGCUCCUGUAUGUGACUGGUCCUAGGAACAGCACAAAAAGUAUGCUGAACAGGAACCUAGGCUUUUGUUCUGUGAAUAGGUAUGCUUUAGCUACCUCAAAACCUGUGAUUUGGAAAUCAGUCUAUGAUGCAGUGUUUGUGGGAUUCAUGGCCAUUACCAGUGGUUACAUGGUGCUUGUUUUGUGCAGAUAUCACUGGAAAGUCCAACAUAUUCAUGACAGCAGCCUCACCCCUAGUACCUCCCCAGAGAUCAGAGCCACUAAAAUCAUCCUGUUUCUUGUGAUCAUCUUUGUAUUUUUUUAUUCAAUCAGUUCCAUCUUUAUUAUUGUGAUGGAUAAUUCAAAAGACACAAACCAGUGGGUGAUAUAUAUUUCUGUUUUUUUGACCUUGUGUUACCCAACUGUCAGUCCUUUUGUCUUAAUUACUAGUGACAACCAGAUACUCAUUUGCUGUAAUGCUCUCAAAAGGAUGAAAAAGGUUUAUUCACACCAAUUAAGAUCUCAGAGCAAAUAUUUAAAACCAGAGAGUCAUGGAAGUAUCAUGCAAAAAAACAAAAACAAAAAAUGUCUUAAAUCUUACUGUGUUGAAAAUUCUUAUUCUGAAAAUGGGAAUGUUUGA